AUGAAACUGACACCAAGAUAUCCAGAUGAGUUAUUGUUCCAAUGCCGUUGGAAGUAUGCAAUUUGGAUAAGCCAUUUAGGAGAUAUCACGUUUGUACUGAAGACUGGUCCACAGCCGGCCGAACGCACUCGGCCGGACAGGAAGGGAAUUGGCUUCGCUCGGCCUUCUCCAGGACGGAUCCGACCCGGGAGGCAAUGGACCACGAUCGACCGAGACAUCACAUCACGGCCGACCGACCGUGCGACCCGGGAACACCGCGUCGACCCGAUCUCCGCGAACAAGAAGCCCACUUAUGCAGUUUUGACAAUUCUCAGCCCAAUUAACCUAAACCGACUUGUGAAGACCUAG